CUUAAAUAUGUCUACGAUUAGAGUCCGAGGCAAAAAAUGGAUAAGCGAAGAAACUACAGAGGAAGAAGAACUGUUCAACCAUUGUAGAGAAAUGGAUAUCGUGUGCUAUGCUAUUACGAAAGUGAUAUUAGAAGUGGAUAAUAAAUGGAAGGGGUCUUCGGGAAAGAACGACCCCCAUUCGUUUGCCAACAGGAAUUAUAUUAUGGAGUUAGUGAAUAUACAGCUUCUUGAUCAAAUAAUAGAAUAUUUAACAAAAUUGGUGAAAUCAUUCUACAAAUUGCAUCCAAAACUGGCGAGACUGAAAAAGGACAAUGGUUUACUUUUAAGUAAACAUGAUCAGAUCUUCGAUAAGUUGUGUGCCAGUAGGUUUAUUAUGCUGCAGUGUAUAAAUGGGCUAAUAAAUAUCAUAUUAAACACAUGUCUGCAUAGAGAAGACUCUAGGAAAAUGAUCGAAUCUUGUUUGAGCUUAGUAUCAAUCUACAAUCACAUGAUAGGGCUGAGCUACAAGAAGUUCGCUAUAAAGUUCAGCAUUUGCAGCAACACAUACCCCAACACUAUAAGUGAAACGAAACCCAUCACGUUGACGAAGAUUGUACAGGUUCUUGCAAAGAGCCGCGUAGAAAUCAACUGCCACCGCCUUAUCAACUGUUUAGUGCGAGUGUACAAGCCUGAGGACAAUUCCGACAACGAUUCAAGUUCUAGCACAGCGGAGAGCUUGGAGAUUUAUCACACCUUAACGAAACAUAUAACACCACCGGCAACGGCGUCGUUGUCAGUAGAAAAACGACGGGAAGCCUUCAUCGAGCACAAAAAGGCCAAAAUGAAACAAGCUCGAAGCCUCAUCGACACGAAAAACGAACAUAAUAAAAAAGUUAAGGCAAUAACGCAAAAUUCUGAUGGUGAUAUCCCGUAUACGUCUCUGCUAACUAACGAACUUGCUUUGGAGGAUAUUUUUUGUAACGAAGAGAAUGUAAACGGUAUUCUGCAAAGCGAAGAAAUGUACAUAGAGAUUUUGUUAGACACAGUCGCGAAUAUGUCACCAAAGUUAUUAGGACCCAAUGGAGUUCGAAAACUUAAAUCAGGUCGUGUACAUGCAAGUAAAAAAGCGGCUCAUAAAGUGACAGAGUACUAUCAGAAUGUUCUAUGGGGCGAUGUCGGAAGUUGUUUAGAACACAUUGUCCUUUGGUGGACAUCUUAUCCUUUAGCCACAAGGUCUCCAAAUACAAGUCAAAAUCUACGGGAAUGGUUGUUUAUGACUUUUAACGAUAACAACACUCCUGAGCUGGUGCUAGCAGCUUUGAGGAUAUUGGCAGACGCGUUAGGGUGUCAUGUCACAUCCACUUCUUGGGAUAAACAUUUCGGGGCUACAUUAACAACGAACCUAAAACCAAUAUCGCUGAAGACUUAUCCAGAUUUGUCGCUGUAUAUCUCUGAGUGUACUAUAUCAGGAGCAAACUUCGCAUUAAUGUUGCAAGAACUGGUCACACUGAACAACCAAAGCGAAGUUACAUGGGACUAUAUUUUGGGUGCACCGCUCGAAGACCUGCCUAUCGUAGAACAAAUACCCAUAUUGCAUAGACUUGAUCACUCAAUCCAUACAUACAGACUGUGGUGUUUGGCCGAGACACGUAGCCUCGCUAACAUGUGGAACAUGGAUGACUUCUUCAGAGUAGCACACAAUGACAUGCAGGCGUGCAUGGAGCAGUUACUCAAUUUGAGAUUCGCUGAUCACACUGCUACUAUAGAAUCGGGUAAAAUUGGAGUACACGAAAACGUGUGUGCAAAAAUGAGGGAAAAGCUAGUGUCAGAGGUUAAAGUCAACAUUCAAAAGCUAAAAGAGGCGAGUGAAGAAAUAGUAUUCGUGCUGUCCUCAGUUUGUGGUACGAUGAGUCUCGCACAUCUCACUAUGAUAUUCCCGACUAAUGCUGAAUGGCGGCGUGUUACCAGACCACCUUCGUUGUCCUUCUCUUCCUAUGUGUAUGAGUUUUUGAAUAAAGUUCUACUGCCUGUUGUCAAAGCGACCAACGACAUCACAACACUGAACAUGGUGUUGAGAAUCAUGUGCGAGUCCUGGCUGCAUCAUAUUUACAUCACUAAGGUUAAGUUUAGGUAAGGGACUAACGGUGAUAGGGUCGUGCUGUACCUGAAUAGCAAUGAAGCUCCUUGUGAAAGAAUUUCUCCAGGAAUGUUCUGCCAUUUUACCUACUUC